AUAAGAUUGAUGUUUUAACACCAUGCAUUCGAAAGUAAGUUUGUAAAGUUUUAUAUGAUUCGAAUAAUUUAAAUUUGUGAAUAAAAAACUUUGAAAGCCGGAUUCAAAGAAAUAAGAGUUCAUUCAAAUAAACAAUCCACUAUAAAUAAAUAUAAGAAUAGAAAAUCUAAGGAAGAAGUAUAUUAAGGGGAAACUUAUAUAUCUACUAAAUAAUAUUUACAGAUCCUUGCUUAAUUUCCAAAAUUAACAUAGAAUAUUACAUUGUCUGAUCACUUUAAAAAGAAGAUGGGAUCAAAACCUUUAAUUUAAGCAUCAGUUAAGGAAACAGUAUCAUAUAUAAUUGAAAAAAGAAGGUAAGAAGAACAAGAAAUAAGGACUAAGCAAGUAAUAUAAAAUUUUUUAAAACAUCGAUCGAUUAGAGGUGUAGAAUAAAUUAAAAGAAGCACUCCAGCAAUUAUUAUAAGCAAAUCAUAGAUUAACAUUAAAUUAAUGUUUAAAAUCUUAUUAACAACUGUUCUUGUGAUUUUUUUUUUAUAUUAAGCAAGUAGAUGUGAAUAAUUUCUACUUUGA